ACGACUUUUAGCUUUCCAUUAACUUUUAAGUGACACGUUUAAAUUUAUUGCAUAUCCAGACAAGGGUAUAGGGAGCAUUAUAGCAUCUUAAGGCCCUUUUUCAUCUUUCGAAACGUAAAAGCUAUGGCAAUUUCGUUCCUUUCUCAUCAAUGGCAAUCCUUACAAGUUGUGUUUUUCGUACUUAACUAUGUUUUUGCUUCCUAUAUCAGAGCUCAACCAUCAUCCAGCAAUGGUGCUGACUUUUGGUGCUCGAGAUCAUCGGCCCCAUGCCCAACAUACACAGCAUAUUUUGCUCAAGAACCGGACUAUUUGGACCUGCAAAACAUCGCCAAACUGUUCGGAACUAGCCCUCAAGAGAUUGCAAGAGCUAGCAACUUGGUUUCUGAAGAUACUCGGUUAUUCCCAGGCCAACUGUUGCUGGUCCCUAUAAUUUGUGGCUGCACCAGGAACCAUUAUUUUGCUAAUAUUACGUAUGAUAUCAAGUUUGGUGACACUUAUUACAUAGUUUCAACCACUGUUUUUGAGCAUCUCACCAAUUUUACUACAGUGGGAGACAUGAAUCCUUCCCUAGAUCCAAAAAGUUUGCAGGUUGGUGACAAAGUUGUGUUUCCUUUGUUCUGCAAGUGCCCUUCAAAAGCUGAAUUGAAGAAUGAAACUGAAUAUUUCAUUAGCUAUGUCUGGCAACCAAAUGACGAUAUUUGGAGUGUAAGUGCCAAGUUCAAUGCAUCAGCACCAGCUAUCAUUGAUGAAAAUAAGUUAAAUGAUUACCAGGAUAUUAGCUUGGCUGUGAUUCCCCCAUUGAUGAUCCCUGUGUCGGACUUGCCAGUGCUUUUGCAAACUCAGUUCUCUGGAGGAAGCAAAUCUAAACACCGGGGGGGCCUCAUAGUUGUUUUAAGCAUAGUAGGCUGUUUGCUUGUUUUAGCAGGUGUGGUAAUACAUAAGAGAAAGAAGGUCUUUAGGCGCAAUGGUUGGUCUCCGGAGACGGUCGGUUUGAUUCCGGUGAAGGAUCUUACUAAAAGCGAAAGUUUCCAGCCAAAGAUAAUACAAGAUAAGCUGCUUCCUGGAGUUUCAGGCUACUUAGGCAAGCCAAUCAUGUAUGAGGCUCAUGUGAUUAUGGGGGCAACCAUGAACCUCAAUGAACAUUGCAGAAUUGGAGGAACAGUCUAUAGGGCCACCAUUGAUGGGAAACUGCUAGCCAUAAAGAAAACAAAGGAUGAUAUUACAAAGGAAUUGAAGAUUUUGCAGAAAGUGAAUCAUGCAAAUCUGGUGAAGUUAAUGGGUGUCUCAGCUGAUUCAGAUGGAAAUUGCUACUUGGUUUAUGAAUAUGCUGAAAAUGGAUCCCUCGAUAAGUGGUUGCAUCCGAAAAGUUCAUGUUCUUCAAGCCGUGCUGCAGUUCUCACCUGGAGCCAGAGGUUACAAGUAGCACUGGAUGUUGCCAAUGGCCUGCAAUACAUGCAUGAGCACACUCAACCGAACAUCGUCCACCGAGAUAUCAGGACAAGUAAUAUACUUCUUGAUUCCACGUUUAAAGCCAAGAUUUCUAAUUUCUCUGUGACUGAAACAAUUGCAAAUGCUAUAAUGCCAAAAGUGGAUGUUUUUGCCUUUGGGGUUGUGCUUUUAGAGCUGCUUUCAGGAAAGAAAGCAAUGACAACAAAAGAAAAUGGUGAGAUUUUCAUGUUGUGGAAGCAGAUAAGGCAAGUUUUGGAAAUCGAAGAGAAAAGGGAAAAAAGGCUGAGAAAAUGGAUGGACCCGAAUUUGGAGAGCUUUUAUCCCCUUGACAGUGCUCUAAGCUUAGCAGUACUUGCAAUGGCCUGCACUCAAGAGAAUCCUCUGGCUAGGCCAAGCAUGGCUGAAAUCGUCUUUAGCCUUUCAGUUCUUAUUCAGUCAUCUUUCGAGAUAUCGGAAGGCUCUUGGGGUUCGGGGAUAGAAACAGAACUCGACCAGAUGAUUGUUCCAGUCGUUGCUCGUUAGGUGUUGCAGAAAAUCUGUAGGUUCCCGUUUAUGUAGUAACCAAUGUAUAGUUCUACUUUGUAAUAUACAGUUUGAACUUGGUCUUCAGUUUUGAAGAUGUUUUGGACUAAGUUUUAUUAAUGUGAAUAUGAAUCCUGCAAUUAGUUAUUUUUCA